GAUCAUAGUGAGCACCUUGGAAAAUCUGCAUCCCCCUCUUUUUCCUUUAGGCAAUUCCAUGAACAUUUCGAAUAUCAUCCUUCCUUUUGACACCUUGGUUAGCUGACCAAGAUGCGCCCAAUUUUACCUGCACCUUCCAAAAUAGAAAAGGAAAAUACAGAUUCCAUAGUUGCCCAAGCUUCCUACCCUGAAAAUAAAGUUGGGAAGCGAGUGUCAGCAGCUUAUACUAUAUGCAAAAAGAAGCAGAUAAAGUGCACUAGGCGCGCACCAUGCGAAGCAUGUUUAGACAGAAAGACUAUAUGCACCAUUAACACCAGCAAUGACCAAAGACGCAAGGUCUACAGGCAGAAAAAUCAAGACGUGAGUGAACACUAUAAGAGCCAGCUCAAAACCUUCUUGCAAAUCCUUCAUUCUGGAUGCGAAUCGAGCGUGCAGGAACUAGUCAAAAGCAUCCAGGAAUUUAUGUUGCUUGAGGACGCCAUGGUGGCAUUUGGUCUGUAUAAGCAUACUGAGUGACUGUCAAAAAACGCAUUGCAGAGCCCAUGUACCUCACAAACACCUGUCUUUCUGCUUGAAUUGCUUACAUGACAUUCUGUGGUUCUAGGGCUCCUACUGCUACCGCUUUCCUUGCUGCUUGUGAUUCGUCAUUCUGUCU